AGAUUCCUCAUGAGCCACAGUGCAUUCGACCCAGCUCGAAUCGAACUGGAUCUUUGCCUGUGCAGCAUGGCGUACCUCAACUUCCCAGGCAUGGAUCCCCAUCGUGACGACCAAGAGCUUAGCAAUUCUCUCCUGGCUGGAGGAUACGCAUUCUAUGAAUACGCUGUCGCCAGCUGGGUGUGGCAUCUGACCGCAUGGCUCCAGGGAGGAAAUUACGGUGAGGAUGACAUGACUGAUCUGGAAGAGGUGGCAACAUCCUUUCUGGACCAGCACCACCGUCAGAACGCCCCCAAGUUUCCCAUUUCAACAGGGAUGCACAUGCUUUUGAAGCCUAUCGCCCACUUCCAGUCCUUUGAAUCUCUGGCUCAGGCCAUCAUUUGGUCAAGGAAACAGUUCACCAUCUCAGAGGCCAACAAUGACCACAACAAUUCCGUGCUCGACUUUCCAGAUAUCACGAGCAAUAUCAGAAGGGUCCUCGAGCGGAUCCGAGCUCAGGCCUCGAUGGAAAAGCUGGAGCUCUAUUAUGGCAAGAACUUGUUCAAGUGCAGCAAGCUAUACUGCCCGCACUUUUACGAUGGCUUCGCAUCGCAGGCGCCGCGGGACGCACAUCACGACCGGCACAAUCAGACAUUUGCUUGUAGCGAGGCAGGAUGCCACAGGCAAACCUUUGCGUUCGUGUCAAACCGAGAACUUGAACUUCAUAUGAUGGAGGAGCAUGGCAAGGGCAUGACUGACUUUCCGGAUGUCUCUGAUCCAAAUGAAGAACAAGCGAGGGUAAAUGACAGGCGGAAGCACCCUGCCACCUUCCAAUGUCACAUCUGUCCCAGGCGAUUCACUCGGGCAUAUAAUUUACGAUCUCACUCGAGGACUCAUACGAACUACCGGCCAUUUGUAUGCACCGUCUGCGGCAAGGCGUUUUCCAGGCAGAAUGAUCGGAAGGUCCAUGAAAGGAUCCAUUCGAGGGUAAAAUAGAAAUGGGAAGCUGUGUAGCGUCUAUUUUGAAGGCCCUAGAUGUUCAUUCGCUAUCGCUAUCGCAGCCCGGCGCGGCCUGUAUCAGGCCGUUUCUAGAAGAAGAACAGUAGAAUUUUGGGAACAAAAGUACAAGCAAUUCUGCGACCUCGGAGGG